UUAUCUGACACAUGCCAAUAAUUCUCUAGCCAGGGAGUUGAAAGAAGGCAGUGUGAGUCCAAGCAGGUGUCACUGGGUAGGCUUACACAAGACGGCCCAGACAAGGUUUCUCGGGUUUGAUUAACCAACAGGACACUUGGAAACAUGUCGGAGAAACGCCGGUCGAGAUGGUAUUUCGGUGGACUAUCCUCAAGUGCUGCUGCCUGUAUUACACACCCCUUAGAUCUGAUCAAGGUGCACCUCCAGACACAGCACGAGGUGAGGAUGAGGAUGAUGGGAAUGACCAUGAGUGUGGUGCAGAGAGAAGGUGUUCUGGCUCUCUACAGCGGCCUCAGCGCCUCCCUCUGCAGACAGAUGACAUAUUCUCUGUCCCGCUUCGCCAUCUAUGAGACAGUGAGUGAUCAGAUGAAGGACAGGACCCAUGGUUCUAUGCCCUUCUACCAGAAGGUCCUUCUGGGGUUGGUUGGAGGAUUUGCAGGUGGAUUCAUUGGGACCCCAGCAGACAUGGUUAAUGUCAGAAUGCAGAAUGACGUUAAAGUACCACUAGAACUCAGGAGAAAUUAUGCUCAUGCACUGGAUGGACUGUUCCGCGUAUGGAAAGAGGAGGGAAUGAAGAAGCUGUUCUCUGGAGCCACAAUGGCAUCCUCUAGAGGAGCACUGGUCACUGUUGGACAGCUGGCCUGUUAUGAUCAGGCCAAGCAGCUGGUUCUGGGGACUGGAGCCAUGCAAGACAACAUUCUAACACACUUCCUGGCCAGCCUCAUCGCAGGAGGUUGUGCCACUGUCCUGUGCCAACCACUGGAUGUCUUGAAGACCAGGCUGAUGAACUCAAAAGGGGAAUAUGUGGGGCUGCUACACUGUGUGAGAGAUACAGCUAAACUGGGACCCAAUGCCUUCUACAAGGGUUUGGUUCCAGCAGGGAUCCGUCUCAUCCCUCACACAGUUCUCAUUUUCAUCUUCCUAGAGCAGCUCAGAACCUGCUGCGGCAUCAGGAUCGUCACCUGAGAGGGG